AUGCGAUCUCUUUUCGUUCUCGUGGGCUUAGCUGCUCUAAGCUCUGCAACACCGUCAGCAUACUGCUCUAACUCAGAUGGCACAUACAAGCUCUCGUCAAUUGAUGCCCCUGUUCAAGGUACAGGCUCUCCGGGCUCCGAGUCGACCUGGCAGUUGACUGUCGACGAUACAAGCUCUGGAUAUAAACAGACUAUUGUUGGUUUCGGUGCCGCCGUGACAGAUGCCACCGUCACAUCUUUCAACACUUUGUCCAGUUCGAACCUCGAAACACUGUUGGAAACUCUCAUGACCAGCUCUGGGGCGGAUUUUUCUUUGAUGCGACACACUAUUGGUGCCUCAGAUCUCUCCGGCGAUCCCGCAUAUACCUACGAUGACAAUUCAAACAAUGUUGACUCUACACUGUCAGCUUUUAACCUCGGUGAUCGUGGAACUGCUAUGGCCGAGCUGCUGGCAUCGAUGACGUCUCUAAAGUCUAGCCUGAAGAUCUUCGGUUCUCCUUGGAGUGCUCCCGGAUGGAUGAAGCUGAAUGGUGUCAUCGAUGGAAACACAGACGACAACAAUCUCAAUGAUGGAUAUUUGACUAGCGGGGGCACUGGGAGUACCGGCUAUGCUAGUGCAUUUGCUCAGUACUUUGUGAGUUAUAUUGAAGCAUUCAAGAACCUUGGUGCUACAAUCCACGCCAUCACUAUUCAAAAUGAGCCUUUGUACAGUGCUUCUGGCUAUCCGACGAUGUACGUUUAUGACUAUGAAUCGGCGCAGUUGAUUCAGGACUACGUUGGUCCUGCUCUUGCAGCUGCUGGCCUUGAUACUGCCAUUUGGGCAUAUGACCACAACACCGAUAACGUCGACUACCCGCAGGUUGUUGUUGAUAAUGCUGGUUCAUAUGUGGACUCGGUAGCCUGGCACUGUUACGCAAGCUCAGUCGAUUGGACUGUUCUAACAACAUUCCAUGAAUCCAACCCAUCAAUAGCACAAUACAUGACUGAAUGCUGGACACCAUCAACAGGAGAUUGGAACCAGGCAGUAGACUUUACAAUGGGUCCCCUUCAAAACUGGGCCGCCGGAGUUACUGCAUGGACCUUGGGCACCAAUUCUGACGACGGUCCGUAUCUUAGCAGUGGUGGAUGUGAAACUUGUACCGGCCUGGUCACUAUCGGCGAUGAUAGCUAUACUCUGAACACUGCCUAUUACAUGAUAGCGCAGUUCAGCAAGUUCAUUCCUACUGGCGCUAUCAUUCUGGAUGGCUCUGGUAGCUACACUUACACUGACUCUGGCGGUAUUCAGUCUGUGGCCUCGUUGAACCCGGAUGGAACGCGCUCUGUCGUUAUUGAGAACACUUUCAGCAACGACGUCUAUGUGACCGUUUCCACUCAGAGCGGAGAGGAGUGGAGUGGAAAUAUUCCCACCAAGUCAGUUGUUACCUGGGUGCUCCCUGCAUCGUCUUAA